CUCGCUUCAUGUUGGGUGUCGCGGCGCUCGAGUCUAACUGUACAUGUGCCGAUGGCAUCCUCAACACAACGACUUCAGUUCUGGUGCCAAAGUGUGCGAGUGCAGGUGAGAGUGCAGAACGCGCUGGUCACCUAUUGCGUGUUAUGUCCGUGGUGUUAUAGAUACCGUUUCCCGCGAUCGGUGGACUCCGUGCGAAUGUGACGCGUCGGCCCCUGUCAGGCGGCUGUAGGGUGCACGAAACAGGGGCUUUGGUUGUGCACUGGACGUGGGUGGUUCGGUGUGGGCUCUGGGGUGGCGUGCGAAGGCCAUCGUAUUCGAGCUGGUCUAGGAACAAGUCGUCUGGGUGUCUCCCUGUGCCCUCCCUACCCCGCCACCCACUAUAACAUACGCCACAUCUUUCGUGUCUCCUGUGAUUGCGAAAGAGUGCUGUUCUAGUGUCGUUUGCCGUGGUCCUCGUCACCUGGAGAGCGUUCGGUUCAGUGCUAAUGGAUCCCAAUGGAUACUUACUGUACACUUAGCUUCGGUAGUGACCACGCCACGUAUCAGAGGAUAAAUAUAUAUGGAUUACACGCACUGCACUGCCCUGGAGACCUAGACGGAACCGCGGUAUUUCGGGUUAAGCCUCCCUGGCUGGCCCUGCUGUUAGUGACGCAUGACUACAAUGAGGGCUGUGGUCCUGUCAUGCCUCCUGCCGCUUCUGCUGUUGCUCGUGGGUGCACAGGCGGCGCCGUUCCCCUUCGAGAGCCAGCUGCAGCGAGAACUGACCAUCGGCCCUUCGUGCAUGGUGGAGAUCCUGCCGGUGCUCUGCAACACGCACUUCUACAACCCUUCGCCCGAGGAGGAGCCGAGAAGUAUGCAGCGCGAGUACAGUUUAAGAUGCAGGGGAUCCGAAUGCCGGCCAGGAAACCUCAUGCGUGUAUACUGCAGUAACAACACAGCAGAUAUUCAACGAUUUACAACCUCUGUUGACCAAAGACCCGUUGGUUUGCUGCCCGCUGCUAAUAACGCUUAUCCAGAGUGCGACAGGUACAUCGACAAGAGCAAAGCAAAAUCACUCAGUCCUUAUUGUCAGAGGAAACUAGACUGCAUCUGUGGCAGGUGCUGUUCCUCCGUUAACGUUAAGAUUCUUCUGAAACUGUUGAAAUCAAAACUUCCUCCUCUCUCUGUGGAAGAUAACACCCGAGACUGGAAGAUAGAAAACGUGAACCGGACGCCUUUCAUCAACCCUCCUUUGCAAAGCGAUGAAGUUGUCCUCGACCCGUGAUGGAAACAGAUCCUGACUUAUUUAAAUUAGUUGCAACAGUUUUUUUUUUCGAUGAUUCUCUGACGUGAUUUAGAAAAUAAAAGAGAGACCCAGAUUAAUAGACGGUUAAAAAAAAAAGGUAUAUCCUGAGAGAAGAAUUAUAUAUACAUACAUCCAUACAUCCAUCCAUCCACAUAUAUAUAUAUGUAUGUAUAUAUACAUAUAAUAUAUAUAACCUUGUUGGAACCAAGAGGAAGGGUUGUGUUUUACAGUGACCUGAUGGUGUGUGUAUUUGAAGCGACUGUUUUCUUAGGGUCUGAUAAAACUAUGGCUGUUAAGUAUUGUGGAAGAACUGUGGAAAAAUGACAGAUUGAAAAUCUAUACCGGUGUGAUACACUUAAUAAGACAUUGGCCAUGAAGAAAUGACAUGGCAAGAAUGACAUUGCUCUGUGUAACUUGCCUUUGAAAAUAAAAGUGAGAAAAGUUAAAAAAAGAAAGAAAGAUAGAGGUUUCAAUUCAUGCAUUAAUAGGGCUAAGGCCGAGGAGGGCACAUUGUGACAUCCGCCCUUCGCUUCUAACCUCGAGGGUCCCUCUUAGAGAGCCGCCAGAUGGAGGAUGGGUCACGUAUUAGCUCCAAAUACUCACAUCAAGAGAAUUCAUAACUUUAGCAGCCAGACCAAGUCCAUCUGUUGAUUCAUGGUCUAACAGCCUGGAGUUAUGAAUUACAUUGUCGAAUGAUGUCAAGGCUUCGUGACUUCCACUAAGAAACCUGGAUAGAGAAGUUAUGGAUAUUUCCCCGUUUGCUAACCAGAAUGCUGUGAGCGAUCUCCUGAGCUACAUUAUCGGCAUCAGUACCAGGCUCGACGAUGGAAACACGUGGAGAAAGAUGCUGAUUUUACUAGUGGUCUCAGAUCCCAGCCGUGUGGACCGACACAGGUCUUGUAGAAAGCUCAGUCGUAGUAGUAAGUUUGGGAAAAUAAUAUCUUUUUCGCAUAUAGGAGUGAAAACGACAGUGAGAAACACGAAACCGAGCAAGUAACAGUCUCAGUAGCAUUAUAAAUCCAUCGAUCAAAGUUAUCUCCACGACCAGAGGUGUUCAUAGCUGCGAUCUGGUCUGACCUGUACCCGCCCUCACUGGUCAUACUGUUUCCAGGUCACAUGAAAGGGAACCACUACCACCACCCAUACUCUACCCAGUCUCAUCUAAAGUAGCGGCAGUCGUCUAAACUAUCACCAGGAGCUGAUGUCCUAAGUCCCAACCUCCCUGCAUGAUUCGUCUAAGGUUAAUCCUCAGGUGGUCGGGCUGGAUGUCACCUGGUCGCCCUCCUUGACAUCAGCCCUCCAGUGUUGACGGUGCAGCCCUCCAGAAUGGGCGGCGCAACUCUCCUGAGUGGGCGGCAUAACCCUCCUGAGUGGGCGGCGCAACUCAAAGGCAUAUUAUAUGGAACAAUGAUAUUGCCUACAGUGAAACCCAGGACAUGUUUCAUAUAAUGUAAAAUGAGUUAUUAGCUUCAAAGUCAAUAUUCAUCUUUAGCAUUUGUUAUUUUCUUGGGGGAAGGUAAGGUGUAAAGAUAUAUAUAGUCUUUAAUUAUUAUUAUUAUCAUUAUCAUUAUUAUUAUUAUUAUUAUUAUUAUUAUUAUUAUUAUUAUUAUUGUUAUUAUCGUUUAAAAACCUGUUUAGAUUACAUAUUUGAAAAUAGUUGAUGCUAGAAAUCAUAAUGUUUCACUCACUUAAGAUAAUCCAGACCACUGAAGUUGCACUUUUCUUAGGCACUGUUACUUAAACCGACACGGGGUUGUUUUCAAGCUUCCUUUUGUCCUUAGGAUAAAACAAAAAAACAAACAAAACAAAUAGUCAUGUGUGUCUUUGAAAGCUAAUACACAUUAAUAGGAUUUUUCUUAAUCCUCCAGUAAAGAGUAUUAGCCAAGGUUAUUACACCGUAAAGCCACAGGGAUCUUUGGUAAUUUAUGAAAUCGUAGGACGCGAAUUCUGACGAUAAAAUAUACUGAAAGGAAAAACUCACACACAGUCAAGACACACAUACCUCUGUGUGCUGUUUCGGCCGCACCUCAUUGUUCUCCAGAUUUAGAAAUAAAUUGACAAUGAAUAUUCUGUCCAAAUAUAAUACUGUAUCCAUGCAAGCCUAUUAGAAAUGUUAAGUUGUGUAGCCUCAACUCACAAAUACAAAUAUAUGUGAACGUGCAUGUAAUUUUACCACAUGCAUAUGUAAGUAUAUUUAUAUGUAAAAAACACAUGUACACACACAUAUACAUACAUACACAUGUUUAUAUUAUGAUUUUUUUUCUUCCUCUGUCUAUCCUUCUCUAUUUUCCUCCUUUUCUUCUUACUUCCUUUCCACUUCUUUCGUUUAACUGCCAUAAUGAAGUUUUUCCUUCAUUCUCCUUCUCCUUAUUCAGCGUUCUACUUUAUUUUCCCGUCUCCAUCUUUACACUCUCCUUUCUUAUGUCUCUUCUGCCGUGCUCCCUCUUCUCCUUCCUUCUACCUCUUCUACUUUUCUCCCCCUUUUCCCCCAUCCCCCCUUCCUCUCUUCCUUAUCUUCCACUCUCUUCCCCUCUCCCUCUACCCUUCUCUCCUCCCCCCUCUCGUCCAUCUCGUCCAUUCUCCUUCCUCCUCCUUAUCUUUCCUCCUCCCUCCUCUUUCAUUUCUCUCUUCCAUCUCCCUCCCAUCUUCCUCCGCCAGCCUCUUCCACUUCCAUCUUCCACCCUCCACCCUCCUCCGUUCCACCAGCCGUCCACAUAACUGCCAUGUCUGAUUUUUUUUUUAUAUUCUCUCGCGGUAAGAUGGAAUCGAGUUGGAAUCUCUAUACAUCUUUCAAACAGCAUUUUCUAGUCUUUGGUCUUGAGGAAUCUAUUGUAAAACCGACGUAUUUGAUGCUCAUUCGAAAUCACAAAAAAAGGAUCUGGCACUUUGUACUUACUUAUAGAGUACUUACUUACUUACUUACUUAAGGAGAUAGAAGAGGCGAUGUUUGUUGAUCAAAUGUGCUAUUGAUUAAUUAUGCAGUUCUUCUCUUAGGUGAUCAUAAUGCUGAUUUGUUGUUAUCAUUGUUAUUGUCAUUAUUAUUGUUGUCAUUAUUAUUACUGUUAUCAUUAUUAUUGAUAUUGUUGUUAUUGUUAUUAUUAUCAUUAUUAUUAUUAUUAUUGUUGUUGUUGUUUUAUUAUUAUCAUUAUUAUGAUUAUUAUUUUUAUUACUG